GGAGGGUUCUUGUGGCCUCUGGCGGGCCUCCAGCCAGUUAGGUAAAGCGUGUGUGUGUGUUUGUGUGUGCGUGUGUACACGAGCGCGUGCCUCUCUUUGACCACAGGUAGCACUCAGAUUACCCUGCCUGCUCUGUUCUUUGCUGCAGACCAUUUGACCAGAACGUGUGCAGCUCAGCCAGCCGCAGAGCUGGAAUUUUUCAGGAGCAGGGGGAGCAUGGAGUUUGGACUUUGCUGAGCAACUGAAGUGGAGCGCAGAGCUUGCUCGCUUAGGAGAGAGCAUCAUGGAUGGCAAACAAGGGGGCAUGGAUGGGAGCAAGCCCGCGGGGCCAAGGGACUCUCCUGACAUCAGGCUUCUUUCAAACCCAUUGAUGGGCGAUGCUGUGUCUGAUUGGUCUCCUAUGCAUGAAGCUGCAAUCCACGGACAUCAGCUGUCUCUGAGGAACCUCAUCAGCCAGGGGUGGCCUGUGAACAUCAUCACGGCAGAUCAUGUUUCCCCACUCCAUGAAGCCUGUCUUGGAGGUCAUCCCUCUUGUGUAAAGAUUUUAUUAAAGCAUGGAGCUCAGGUGAAUGGUGUGACAACAGACUGGCACACUCCACUGUUUAAUGCUUGUGUCAGCGGCAGCCGGGAUUGUGUGAAUUUGCUUCUGCAGCAUGGAGCCAGCGUUCAACCUGAGAGUGAUCUGGCAUCCCCCAUCCAUGAAGCUGCUAGGAGAGGCCACGUGGAGUGUGUUGACUCUCUUAUAGCUUAUGGGGGCAACAUUGACCAUAAGAUCAGCCACCUGGGCACUCCACUCUAUUUGGCUUGUCAAAACCAACAGAAAGCCUGUGUCAAGAAGCUUCUGGAGUCAGGAGCGGACGUGAACCAAGGGAAAGGUCAGGAUUCGCCACUUCAUGCAGUGGCCAGGACAGCCAGUGAAGAGCUGGCCUGCCUGCUCAUGGAUUUUGGAGCGGACACCCAGGCCAAGAAUGCUGAAGGCAAACGUCCUGUGGAGCUGGUGUCUCCAGAGAGCCCCUUGGCCCAGCUCUUCUUGGAGAGAGAAGGGCCCCCUUCUUUGAUGCAGUUAUGCCGCCUUAGAAUUCGGAAGUGCUUUGGAAUCCAGCAGCAUCAUAAGAUAACCAAACUCGUCCUCCCAGAGGAUCUGAAACAGUUUCUCCUACAUCUUUAAAUGCAUCAACGGAAUGGAUUCACAAACGACAUGAAAACAUUAUUGAGUGUUGUAGCCACUAGAAUUUUAAAAUCAAGUUGGAUUUAUAGAGUUUGACUAGUUUUUUCGAUUAGAUUUGUAUUUGUUAUAAGCUUGUUUAUAGAGUUUGACUAAUUUUUUCUAUUCAAUUUGUAUUUGUUAAACUCUGAAGCCAGGGUUGAAACACACUGCAUACGUUUGUAUUAUUAGUUAGAAGGCAUGAAGACUUUUUUCCCUGCUUGGGGAAUGUCAUAAGUUAUUGUUUUGCAUAUCUACUGCAUGCCAAGCACUUUCUGCAUCAUCUAAUUUAGCCCUCACAGCAACUGGGUCAAGAUGUCCAAUUUUCCAGAGCAAGGAUAGAGGAGUCAAAUUCAAAUACAGGUUUUCUGACAUUAACUUAUGUGAUGACUUGAUCGAGGCAGGAUUUUCCAGCAUCACUGUCCUUGUUCCAUCUCUGCUAUAUGGGAAUGAAAAUAAAUAUAUUUCUUGGUUUGUCUAA